GGCGGCCGAGGGCGGAGCGCUCGCAGGACAGCCCCGUCCUGCCGUUCGCCUCCUCCUCCCUCGGCGCAAUGGCGGGGCCCAUGCUCAGGCGAGGCGUGCUCUGGUGCGGGAGGACGCUCGGUGCUGCGGCAGGUAGAAGAUCUAUUCUUUCUGCAGCCUAUGUUGACAGCUCAAAAUGGGAAAAGAGACACAAAGAGGAGCAUAGCCUGGCUGACUUAGCCCGUUUAAUGGACAGAACCUAUGAAAGAAAGCUGCCUGUUAGCUCUUUGACAAUAGCCCGGUUUGUCGAUAACAUUUCUUCACGAGAAGAAGUGGAUCAAGCAGAAUACUACCUUUACAAAUUUCGCCAUAGUUCAAAUAGCUGGUACUUGAGAGACUGGACCAUCCACAGUUGGAUCAGGCAGUGCUUAAAAUACGGUGCACAAGACAAAGCCUUAUAUACAUUAAAAAACAAGGUUCAGUAUGGAAUUUUCCCAGAUAAUUUUACAUUCAAUAUUUUGUUGGAUUGUUUUAUAAAGCAGAAGAAAUACGAAGAUGCUAUGGCAGUAGUCACAGAAAUUAUGCUGCAAGAAAGUUUUGAUGAGUUAUCAACACAGAUUCUUUCUCUCUAUGUUUUGUACCAGUACCUGGCAACAAAGUCUGAAUGUACGUGGGAAGAGGAGAGAAAUCUUGGAGCAUCGCUAGUGCUUACAGGUCUAAAGCAAGCAACCACUGUGGGUUUUAGCUCCCAGUUGUAUGGCUAUGCACUCCUUGGGAAAGUGGAGUUGAAUCAAGGGCUAAGAGCUGUGUACAAUCUAAUGCCACUGAUGUGGACACCUGGAUACUUGAAUAGAGCCUUGCAGGUGAUGGAAAAUGUGGCUUCAUCAUCAGGAGACAGCAAAAUCUGCAAAGAAGUGAUUGAUGCUCUGGAGACCAUUUUGCAGUCUGCCUGUGAAGCAAAACCCAGUCCAGAAUCAGCUGAAAUCAAGGAAUCAGAGCAGAAGGCGCUGUGUGCAGAAUCAGAAGAAACAGAGCAAUCUAAAGUACCCGAGUACUGUAGCCGAUUCAAGGAGCUGUGCUCUAAGCUUCAUUCACUUGGCAAGGUUGAAUCUGAAAGCCUGUUAACCCUGACCACCCAGCUUGUCAAGGAAAAGCUGCCAGCGUGUGAAGUGGAAGACAUUGCAAAACAUGAGCAGAAGCUAAAGGAAUGGGAGCAACAACACGUGCUUCUCAUUGAGAGGGAGAGAGAGAUGAGAGAAAAGGCUAAAGAGGAAAUGGAAGCUAGGAAGCUUGCUAAGGCAUCAGCUUAGUACUAGAACUCAAAAAGACUAUCUUAGUGGUAUGCAUUCCCCUGUCAGUGAACUGCUGUGCUCACCCUUAUUAAUCCUGCUGCAAGUGUGACUGUAUGUGCUGCUAUACAGAAAUGAAUUUUUCUCAUUUUGCCUGUUUCCUGAAGUAAAGCACAUGUGGUUUAGAAUCCUCAUGGUGUAUGUAUUUUCCUCCUGCCCUCAGCCAGACAAGGAGUGGGAUGAAGAAAACACAAAGAAACAAAGGCAUAAGUAGAUUGCAUGGGGUGAAAGGAGUAGAGCAUGCAAUGAACAAAAGAAGAGAGAAGAAUUUCAAACACAAGUUGGUUCAGGAGGGAUUUCUCACAGGAAAGAGUGCCUUGGCUACUCUGAACUUCAGACACUAAGAGGAUUAACCCGUAUUGAUUGCUUUUUAUUUUCUUCUCCAACCCAUGUAAAAAAUUCAGGCUACUAUACAUGGAGUUGGAAGCCCAACUUUAGACUGUUUUAAAAACACUAUAAGAGUUUCAUCCUAGUGAGUUAGCCACUUACACAGGCACUCAGAUGUGCCUCCUCUCUAAGGAGGGUAGAAAUUUCUGACUUUACUAGAGCUGAUCUCUGUUUAUAGGUCAGUGGAGAAACAUGCAUAGUCACCUUGGCACAUAACAAGGAGCCUCAUACUGCAGUGCAGUUUUCUUUUAUAUUCUGGAAUGUCUUUCAUGGGGGUUUUGACCUUAUUCUCCUCUUGUCUCAGCAGUGAACACAAUCCUGUGCCCCGUUCUUCAGAUUGGUAGAACAAUGUAGCUAUUCAUACACAGAGCACAAGGAAAUAGCACAGGAGUAAAGGAUCAUAGUGUAUUGGUUGUGGGAUGUAUCAGCGUCCAUCUCUGCUUAGAUUCCCUGUCACCGCUGGAUUUAAUGAACUGCAGCCAUCAACUUCAUGCACCUUACUGCAAGGCAAGUUCUGUGGAAAUGGGGAGACCCUAGCAACACCACGGCUAUUUUGCAGCUUGUUAUGGCAACAACAGUGUUGUCUCACUGCUUUAUCACAGGGGCUGAUAAACAUUGCCAGUUUUAUCAUGCAUCUGUCCAGUCUUACAGUGAUAAAACUCACAUCACAGACUCACUGUAUAUCUAAUGAGGAUGUACUCAAAAUCUGUGAAGUAAACUCAUUUUAAGUGUAGGAAAGCCUCUUAUCUGCAUACACCAGAUACUUCCUUUAUUUCUAGCGAAAACACUCUGAGCCUGAUUGCUCUUUUAUAUCCCAGGACUUGGCAAUAAGGUCUUCACCCCAACAAAGCAUCCCUUCCCUGACCACAUACUUCACUUCUUUGAUACCAGAACAUGGAUUGUACCUCCAAGGUUUCACAAUCACUCCUGCAUCCUGAUUGCUUUCUUAGCUUCUCUCUACCAACAUCACCUCUUGCUCCCAGGAUCUUCUCUACACCACCACAGUUUCAAAACCCUCCUUGCUGGCAUAGCCUGUAGCUACUACAGCUGCAGAUUUUACUGCUUAUGAGACACCUUUUGUCUAGGCUGCAGUGAGCACUGCCACUUUUCUACUUGCUUCUGGUUAGCAACUGUUUGUCAGCUGCACCAGGAGUCUGCCUGUUUCUGGCCCCAUCUCCUCCCUCUCUCCCCCU